AAAGAGGAAUCUGAAUUGAGAAUUUUCAGCAUAUGAAAUUAGUAGAGUGGUAGUAUAUGUGCUGAUUAAUGCAGAAUUGUUUUGCAGUUGGUAAAGAAGACCAACCAAUGCCAUACCUCCUGUUUCUGCAAGGUGGACCGGGUUUUGAAUCCCCAAGACCAACUGAAGGCAGUGGAUGGAGAGGAACAGGAUUAUCAACUCCGCUGACAACAUCAUCUAUGCUGCAAUUUAAGUCUGCUCGGGAUUUCACUGAUUACUUGAAACAUUUUCGUGCUGACAGUAUAAUCAAUGAUGCUGAGUUUAUCUGUGUUCAUCUUGUUCCUGGUUCUGGACCUUGGACAGUUUUGGGCCAGAGCUAUGGAGGUUUUUGUGCUGUUACCUAUUUGAGUUUUGCACCACAAGGAUUGAAACAAGUGCUUCUGACUGGAGGAAUACCUCCAAUUGGAGAUGGAUGCACUGCAGAUACUGUUUAUGGAGCUUCCUUUGAGCAGGUUGCUCGUCAGAAUGAAAAGUACCACAAGAGGUAUCCUCAGGAUAUUGAAGUUGUUCGUGAAGUUGUAAACUAUUUGGCAGAAUCUGAAGGGGGUGGGGGUGAGGCUUGUCUGCAUUUGAUCCUGGUUCCUCUUCCAUCUGGGGGCAUCUUGACCGCAAGGGGGCUGCAACUUCUUGGUCUUUCCGGUUUAGGAUCUAGUGCAGGUUUUGAACGUCUCCAUUAUCUAUUUGAGAGGGUCUGGGAUCCUGUAAUAAUCCCAGGAGCACCUAAGAAGAUUAGUUUCUGCUUCUUGAAUGCUUUUGACAAUUGGUUGGGUUUCGAUUCAAACCCACUCUAUGCUCUUAUCCACGAGUCAAUUUACUGUCAGUGUGCUUCAUCUUGGUGGUCUGCUCAUCGAUUGAGGGCUAAACAUGAGAACAAAUUUGAUGCAAUCAAGGCUGCAGAUCUGAGAAAGCCAACUAGCCUUCUGAACAAACCUUCUGCAGUAACACCACGACAAGUGCCUGAGUGUCUAAGAGUAAAUAUACAACCAAGUGAUGAACUGGUUAUGGCAGCCAAUGCCAUACCACUCAGUGACAUGGCCCAGAGUAACAGGAGUGGUGAGUGCACAGAGCAAAAUGAGAAAGAAAAAGCUAGAAACUGGGACGUUAUAAAACGAAAUGAAGCUAGCAGAACAAUGAGAAAUACCACAAAUAGAACUUAGCCUAACAGUAAAUUGAGGUUACCUACAAACUCAAGUGCUUGACUUAUUGAAACAGUUUUGGGUAUUAAACAAAUAGAACUUUC